AGCUUUUUCGCUGUCGGCUACUGAGGGGCUGGCGGCCGCAUCGUCUGUUAGUGUAGGGUCGAACAAGCUUUCAAGCGGGUUUUCUCGGUUACAGAUUCUCGUGUCUUCCUCCUCUCUCUUUUCUCGCUCUCCGUAUUCUGCUCUACCCUCCAUUUUCGAUAGGCGAUCGAAGCGUUCAGACAAAAGCUCGUGGAAAGCGAAGCAAUUGACCUCAACUCCUCGAAGCCGAAUCCCUUUUGCGACAACCGUUGUAGUCGAACGCCCAGCUCAAUACGAGUCCGAGCUCUCGAACAACGCUAGACAGCCUUCUGGAUCCAUUGUCAAUCAACCUCGACCGAAUUGGUUUCUGCUGGCUCUUAAAACCCCGUAACUAGAUUGACUUCUAACCCGAUAGACCAAGGAUCCUCGACCACUGGAUUCGCAUCGUUAUCAAUUCAACUGUCAUCGGCUAAUCCGUCACCAACACCAAGGAACUGCCGCCUCGAUAACGCUGAGUCGCGGAAAAGAGCAUCGUUCAUCAUCGGACGGAACUUGACACCCAUAAUCACAAUCAUAUAAGGGAAAGGAAUCAGGUCGCCAGAAUGUCUAGCCAGCCUCUCCUUCAGACCGCUCCGGGCAAACGCAUCGCCCUGCCCACGCGCGUCGAACCCAAGGUCUUCUUUGCCAACGAGCGCACCUUCCUCUCGUGGCUCAACUUCACCGUCAUCCUCGGCGCCCUGGCCAUCGGCAUGCUCAACUUUGGCGACCGCCCGGCCUUCAUCAGCGCCUUCCUCUUCACCGGCGUCGCCAUGCUCACCAUGAUAUACGCCCUCGCGACCUACCACUGGCGCGCCAAGUCCAUCCGCGUCCGCGGUCAGGCCGGCUUUGACGACCGCUUCGGCCCUACCUUCCUAGCUAUCAUCUUGCUGCUGGCCGUCGUCGUCAACUUUGUUCUGCGUAUAACGUACUCGUCUAAGGAGGGCAAACAUUGAAGAGGCUGCUUUACGGAGACGAUCCCCGCUGGGAGAGGGCAGGCAAAAGAGGCGAACGGUGAACAGCUUCCUCUGCGCGGGCUAGGGACACCACCCCCAGAGCCGCCGCCAGGAAGGUGCCAGGCAAAGGGGAAAAUUGGGAAAAGUGAUAAAUGUGUGGGAGCAAAGUUGCCGUGUCCGAUUUGGAGUUCCCUCAGUCUCGUGCGAAUGGAUGCAACCAGAGGCCGAUGUCGAGCGUAAAUGUGGAGGUGGAUCAGGAAAAGCACAUGUAUUAUGAACAUGGAGUAUUGGCCCCACGGAAAGAAUGCAUCAGCCCGUAUACUAAGGCUGCCUAAUUGUAUAGCGAAAUCAGUUUUUGUCAUGUUGAC